AUGUCCUCUAUCUUUCGGGACCCGUCAGUGUUCGACGCAUUCAAACGUGCAGCUUCGAGCAAGCCCUCUUCUCCUUCGCAUCCUCCGAAAGUCCAUGUCAUCGAUUGGGUACAGGAACUAGAUGGUAAAUACAUAUCAUUUGGACUGUGCACUGUCAUGGGUUCGCAGUUAACGGGCCAAGCAGGAAGCUACCGAUCAAUCUCGCGAAACGCGACCGUGGCUGAGCUGGCUCAAUUGCCUGUACCUUUACUGCGGAUAAUCUUCUCGCCAUUAGACCUGCCUACCAGUGACGCUGCGGAAAGUGUCAUCUGGCUAUUCGAGCACUAUGAUACACCAUCUGCAUUCCUUACGGGAAGGCUGCGAUCGGUAACACACUCAUUUGGGGCAAUGGAUGAUGUAAAUGGCUACAAUUGCGCUUGGUUCCACUAUCUGUGCAAAAACAUCACCAUCACUCGAGAUGCUCUUGGUCGUGCAUGGAUCUCCGAUCCCAGACCAGGAGCACCGCAGCUCCAGCACGGAGACUCGACUUGGAUACGGUCUGGAUAUUUUCUCCGAUGGGCAGUGGGCUCGAAUCGCGAUCCGGAAGUCACCCUUCUUUGUUUUGGAGCAUCACUCUCACUGGAAGAACGUCUACAACAAAUUCCACCACAAUCAAUAUCAAGCAGCGUCAUUCAUGACACAUAUAGUCUCUUUGCCAUUAUUCUGGAAGAGUUGUCUCUACAAAUGGAUAAUACUGUUUGGGAUGUUAUGGAUGUCUUUCGGCAUAUUGAAUUGAACACCCUAACCACUGGUAGCGAUAGGGAAUCCUUCACAGGGUUGCAUAAUGUCUCCAAGCAUAUCUUGUUCCUCCAGGAGAGUAUGGAGGCCGUUACUCUCACUGUGAAGAAUCUUUCUGCGCACCAUCGAAGCAUCCUCAAAAUUGUUCCUGACCGAGACCGUCAUGCAACUAUAAUGGCACAGGCAAUGCUAACACACGUCGAAACACAGUUCCAGUCCAUUGGCCUACGCCUGAAUAGCCUUGAGAAACGGAUGCAGAAUAUUAUAGCGCUGUCCUUCCACCUUGUCACUCAAGAUGGAAAUCGGAUCAUGCAAGCAGAUAGUAAUUCCAUGGCAACUAUCGCGUUCAUGACACUAGUUUUCUUACCAAUGUCAACAAUAUCUCCAGUUCUUCAAUUUCGACUCGUCCACAGUCCGCAUGUCUCAGAGUUUCUGGAUCUUUUGGUUGGUGUCGAUCCCCCUGACUUUGCUGGUGGUUCUGUUAUGGCGUGUUUCCAUCAAGGGGAUGCCGUCGAGGAGAUUUAA